AUGGCACCUAUCGAGUCAUUGGAGCAAGUCAUACAAAGCGCACAGAGUCCAAUUUCACAGGAUCCAACAGCGCACUCAAACCAACUUCGUAGCCUCGCGAAGAAACCAGGUGGAAAUAUUAUCUUUGGAUCUCUCUUGCCCGUCGCGCCUCCGACUCCUGUAGAAGGCGACGCGCCUCCUGAGCCCCCCGCAUCCACCCAAAAUGACCCACUCGAUCUUAUAGACCCAGCGCAUUCUACGCUUGUUGCUCUGUUUAUACUGUCUGCUCGAGUAUUACCAGAAUCCGCGGCCCCUCCACCUCUCCAGCAUAUUUCUAACUUUUGUACAAACUUUAAUCCAGAACACGCAAGGUUAGCACCUGAACGAGUCACGAUGCUUGCUCAAGGAAUAUAUACCCUCGCGGAACGAAACCAGGCGAUUUCCGACGCCAUCCCGCUGUUGAUGAGCCUCGUGAGGAGAUAUCCGCCACAUGUAGGGUAUCUAACAACGAUUCACCCGUUGUUACUUGCGGCAUGUGUGCAGGCGCGCCAUUUCACGACUGUGAUACCCAUACUUGCAGAAGGAAUUACAGAGAUUGACACUCAGAUUAGUGACGUCCAGUAUACAGACAAUUUACAAUAUCACUAUUUGGGUGGUUGUAUUUAUGGGGCGCUGAAGCGGUACAAAGAGGCGGAAGAUUUUUUCGAGACAACAGUCACUGCACCAGCGACUGCUGCAUCUGCCAUUCAACUCGAGGCAUACAAGAAACUGGGAUUAAUUCAAUUAAUUCUCUACGGCGAAUUACGAAAUCCUCCACGAUAUGUAUCCAGUGCAGUGAACCGCAUUUACAAGGCUCAGACAGCAUAUAUGAACUUUGCCAAGACCUAUGGCUCGGCCAAUUUGAAUGACAUCCCAGCGAGUGAUGUAGAAGCAUUUACUCGGGACAACAACAUGGGCCUUUUAAAACAAGCCAUUGCCCGUAUUCCUUACUGGGCGGUUCAUAAACUGACGAAGGUCUACGUUUCGUUGAGUUUGACCGAGAUUGGGCAAGCAAUCAAGGUUUCGGACCCAGCCACUGUGCGAACUCUGAUUCAGACUAUGAUCACAACUGGCGAGAUACAUGCAACGAUUUCCCCAUCUGGAAUAGUCAAGUUUGAGGACCCGCCGCUUCAAACAAUCAACGAAGCCGAGGGUGAACGAUUACUUGGCUUGGCUCGAGCACAGUGCUUGAAGCUUAUGGAACUGGAUAAACAAAUUGCGAAGGGCAAGCCUUAUAUUUCUGCUGCUUUACGAGAAAGAGAACACAGUACAUCAGAAUUCGGCCCGAGCUAUAUGGGCGAAGAAAGCGAUUACCCAGGGGCCUUGGUAACGAUGAGAUCAUCACCGAAACCUUGUGGUUCGUUGAGCAUCAUUCUGGUCACCACCAUGGCUGAGAAAGUCGACUACAUUCCCCUUUCCCAGGGACUUCGCGCUCCUGCGUUGCCUCAAAAUAAAACAAAAACUAGCCCAUUAGUUCGUGCUGCGCGUAUUUUAGGCGUUGCUGCCAUCAUGCUCCUUGGUAUUCGUGCCGUAUUGCCAUCUGGAAGCGUCUCCCGUCUUGGACGCGCGGCCGGGUGUGGGAGCCAUAGGAAGCUUGUUCACGACUCCAAAUUCAGGCUCCCGUCUCACUAUACUCUACCUUCAGGCGAUCAAAUUCCGUCCGUUGCCCUUGGUGCGGUACCAUUGCUUUUAAACCAAGAUUUAGUAAGCGACUCACAGUUUGUUAAUUCCUUAGGCACGUGGAAGGCUCCUCGGGGUCAGGUUGGUGAUGCAGUCAAGACCGCGCUCAAAGCUGGAUAUCGACACAUCGACGGCGCCUGGAUCUACCGGAACGAAGAGGAGGUCGGCCAAGCUAUCAAGGAGAGCGGAGUCGACCGAAAGGAUCUGUGGUUGACCUCCAAGCUCUGGAACUCGUUCCACAAGCCUGAGGAUAUUGAGCCCGUACUUGAUGAAACUUUGCGCCAUUUACAAACGAGCUACUUGGAUUUGUAUCUCAUUCACUGGCCAGUUGCUUUCAAGGAACCAGGGCCCAAUGGAGAGAUUCGAGUUGACCACGAGUUGACAGAGAACCCACUUCCAACUUGGAAGAAGCUCGAAGAACUGGUGGCCAAAGGGAAGAUUCGCAACAUUGGAGUUAGCAACUUCAACGUCCGCCGUCUGACGAAUCUUACCAGUGCUCCUGAUAUUCGUAUCAGACCUGCCAUCAACCAGGUGGAGCUGAACUUCUUUAACCCUCAGCCAGAGCUGGUGAAAUGGUCAAAGGAGAACAAGGUUUUGCUCGAAUCAUAUUCGCCUUUAGGGUCUAACGACCAAGUUGGUGAAUCGCUGAAGAACCCGGUGGUGCAAGAUAUUGCCAAAGAUCUGAAGAUCACACCUGCACAGGUCAUCAUUUCCUGGCAUGUUCAACGUGGAACUGUAGUCCUUCCUAAGAGUGUAACGCCUUCUCGUGUAGAAGAAAACCUUCAUAUCUUCAAACUUCCUGAAGAGCAAUUCGAGAAGCUUGAGAAAGCCGCAGCCUCUCAUCCUCCACACCGGGUAGUUGAUCCUAGCAAGUCAUGGGGUGUUGAUGUUUUUGAGGACGAAAAGCAGUGA